UUGGAAAGUGUAUAAAAGUAGCUAAUACCUGUCUGUUGUUAGCUUGAUGGUCGUUGAUUUGUUGUUUGCUAGUGUAGUCGGUCGCUUUUGUUAUUACACAUGAGUGUGUCCCUGGUUGUUAUUCGACUGGAAGUAGCCGAACAAUCUCCUUUUCCACGCGGUUUCCAGUACUCUGCGGCAGCUGAGAGCAUGUCAGAAGAGGAACAAGAGGAGAAGGCUUUGGGCAUUGCCAAACUGGCGCUUAGUGGAAAGACGGAUCUAGAAAGAACUGCUAUACUACACCAGCAUAUAGGCAGUAGAGCUAUGGGUGACAUGGUUAUAGAAACCUUUGAACCCAGCCCAGAUAAAGGCGGGGGUGAAGAGUGUGGUUGCUCAACUGAUGACAGCAGUGAAAGUGCAGCUGUAAAGUCAGAAGUGGACACUGCCACUCCGGCCAUGGCACCAGACUCGCCCUCCAAACAGUUACCAGAUCAGAUUUCCUUCUUCAGUGGAAACCCCUCUGUUGAGAUUGUUCACGGUAUCAUGCACCUCUACAAGACAAACAAGAUGACAUCUCUGACUGAAAAUGUCAGACGCAGUGCCAUGGUGUGCAUUCUUACUGUUCCUGCAACUAUGACUAGUCAUGAUCUUAUGAAGCUCUUGGCUCCUUUUAAUGAUGUCAUGGAGCACAUGAAGAUUAUUCGAGACUCCACACCAAACCAGUACAUGGUUUUGAUUAAGUUUUGUUCACAGGCUGAUGCUGACAGUUUUUACACUGCCUGUAAUGGUCGACAGUUCAACUCGAUAGAAGAGGCAGUGUGUCAGUUGGUCUAUGUGGAGAGAGCAGAGGUUUUUUAAAUCUGAAAAUGUAAGGGGCCAGCCUAGCCAGUGAUGGAGUUGACUGAGCUGCCUAAGUGCACAGUGUGCCUGGAGAGAAUGGAUGAGUCUGUGAAUGGUGUCCUGACAACACUGUGUAACCACAGCUUUCAUAGUCAGUGUCUUCAGCGCUGGGAGGAUGUCUCGUGCCCAGUAUGCAGGUAUUGCCAAACACCAGAGCCAGUGGAAGAGAACAAGUGCUUUGAAUGUGGAGUACAGGAGAACCUAUGGAUUUGUUUGAUCUGUGGCCAUAUUGGUUGUGGUCGUUACGUUAGUCGUCACGCUUACAAACACUUUGAAGAAACACAGCAUACAUACGCUAUGCAGCUCACCAACCACAGAGUAUGGGACUAUGCUGGAGAUAACUAUGUGCACCGCCUAGUGGCCAGUAAGACCGAUGGCAAGAUGGUACAAUAUGAAUGUGAAGGAGACAUCUGCCAUGAUGAGAAAAUUGAUGCACUUCAGCUUGAAUAUUCGUACCUUCUGACUAGUCAGCUGGACUCACAAAGAAUUUACUGGGAGAAUAAGAUUACUCAUCUGGAAAAAGAGACUGCAGAGGAGAUAAACAACAUGAAGUCCAAAUUUAAGGAGACCUUGGAACGCUGUGAUAACUUGGAGCGGCGAUUAGGAGAGCUCUCUAAAGAGAAACAGGCCAUGGAGAAAAAGUGCACCCAGCUUAAUAGCAGAGUGGUAAAACUAAGCCAGGAGCUGAAGGAGGAACAGGAGAUGAACCGCUGUUUGAGAGCCAAUCAGACUCAACUACAGUCACAGCUAGUCGAAGAAGAGCGAAAAGCCAAAGAGAGUGUGGAGCGUAAAGAGACAACCAUAGCAGAGUUACAGGAGCAGCUCAGAGACGUGAUGUUUUAUUUGGAGACUCAACAACAGAUUGAACACCUUCCCCCCGAGGCACGCAGUGAAAUCCAAGAAGGACAAAUCAACAUCGGGGCCAGUCCUUUAGACAGUGCUGUGAGCUCAGAUGGAGCAGGCCCCUCCUCUAGAGGCAGGAGGGGUCGAGGCCGGAAGAGGAAGUAAUAGUAGGACUGGAACAUGCUAGAAAACAGCUGAAAACAUGCAAAUGACUGCACUAUUUGUUAAACUUGUGUCUAACGUCUGCCUCCUCCCAAUUGUUGGUUGGUGGCUGCCAUCAGUCAGUUGUUAGAUCCACCUCUAGUUUUCAUACACAUCAGCAGUGUAAUUUAUGCUCAGCU